UUUCAUUUUGAGAGAGCUACUGAUUCCACCAGUAUUACUUUAAUGGGUUCUUCACCGACCUCGCAUUCUAUUCCAAUAUUGAAUACUCUUUCUAAUACUAUCAUUCCUGUAAAGCUCCAAGAAGGCAAUUUUCUUGUUUGGAAGUCUCUUGUUCUACCAGUCUUGGAUGAAUAUGAAGUACUUGGGUUUGUUGAUGGAUCAUACAGAACUCCAAACCAAUUCUUAAACGACGAAAGUCCGGGUUCUCAAACAGUAAAUCCAGAUUAUGUUGAAUGGCAAGAUGAGGAUCAAAGGUUGUUACUUUGGCUUCACUCAACCAUUUCUGAAUCUGUAUUAUCAUCAUACGUUGUUGCAGGUUUGCCUACUUCCGGAUCUCUAUGGAAUUAUCUUGAAGAGCGAUUCGGAGCAGAUGCAUGUAGGACUAAUCCUACUUGUCAAAUUUGCAUCAAAUUUGGCCUCUAUUUAGCCGUUCCUGUUGUACUUAUACAGAUGCUUUUUAUCAGUUUCAUCAUUCCGGACCCAAAUAUACCGAACUAUGCUGUCACUAGUAUCUCUAUCAAAGGUAUGAAUCUCACACCAUCGACAUAUUCUGAUGAUCUAAUUGUGUCACCAGAAAUCAACAUCUCAAUUAAUGCGACUAACCCAAAAGGAGCACCGGGAAGUUACUAUUCCGAGAAAGGAUUUUCGGUAUCUAUAUACUACUACUCUGACACCCUUCUUUGUUCAUCGGAUAAUUUAGUGCCGACUUUCCACCAGCAACCAACAGAAAAUGUAACGAUGAUUCAGACGGUGUUAAUGGGUUCGCGGAUAAAUCUAACGCCUAUCAUCUGUGAUUCUUUAUUGGAUCGCCAAAGUAAAGGGAUGACUCCUCUUGUGAUUUAUAUGUGGAUAUCCUAUGGAGUUAAGAAUGAAAAUCACCCAGUUGUUUCAAUGUCAGCUUACAAGAACUGUUAAGAAGUAUACGAGGAGUACUGCCUUAUAUAAUAAAGGGAGGGCUUCAACAACUUUCCGAGAAUUAGCUUUCUCGAGGGAAGCUUCGGGUCUUUACAGAAUGAUCCGGAGAAGGAAAUAACACUAUCUCGAUAAA